UCCUAUUCCGCUGUCAACUUUCAAUCAUGUCUGCCGAAGAAUCAGCAGCGCCAAAGACGGUCCUUGUAUUUAGCACAAAAUCACCAGAGGAGGCCGCUAUUUUCGGCCUUCGAGGGAGUGAUAUCCAAAACUUCAGAGCUGAACCGGUCCCUGGACCACCCGCUUCGCCUGAUGAGUGGGGGUUUACGAGCCCAACGGCCGAUGGAAUUUGCAAAUAUUGUCAACUAAUGCUUCAUCCAGAUCCACCCCAGCUUAUCCAGCAUCAGCCUAAUCUCAUGCACCUGAUCAAUUCAGGCGAGACUUGUUCGACUUGCAAAUGGUUGGAAAUUAGCAUACAACGAGGUGCAACCCUGACGGUAGCUGAAUUCCAACGAGGCAAUCCGGAGUUAUGCGAUGAGAACAACUUUUCAAGGCCUGUUACUGUCGAAUUGACCAAGCAUAACAAGUAUAUCAUGGCGGUUGGUUGGGUUGGAGAUAGGAAGCUUUAUACGAAUGGUGGAAUGCCUUUGACAAUAUCGUCACCAUCCCGUCUUGGAAAUCUUGCUACUCGGAGAUUCUGGAUUCCUCACUACGAGCUGGAUGAAUCGGAACCUUUCAAGCGGCAAGACACAUUGAAGACGUGGCUGAAAGAAUGUGCAACUCACGAGAACUGUAUGAAAUCUCUUCCUACUACCCAGGAGUCAAAGCUCCCAACUCGCGUGCUAGACUUGACUGGAAGUGUGGACAUCCCAUCGGACCCCAAAGAUAUCAGUAUCAAACUACGAGAGACGAAGGAGGGAGAAACUGGAACUUAUACGGCUUUAAGCUACUGUUGGGGUGCCAACCCAGAUCUCCAUUUCAAAACGACAAGUGAGAAUCUGAAAAAGCACAAAGAGGGAAUCGACUUCUUCGACAUGCCGUUGACGCAUAGGGAGACCAUCCUCGCGACGCUUUACCUAGGAAUCCGGUAUCUUUGGAUCGACGGCUUAUGCAUUAUACAAGACUCUCGCCAAGACUGGGAAGUCGAGUCUGCCAAGAUGGGGUCUGUGUAUACAAACGCACAUCUCACGCUAGCAGCUACUUCAUCCGACACCCCAGAGAUGGGCCUUCUUCUCCCCUUCCAAGGCGCCGAAUGCGUAAAGAUCCACGGAGAGACUGUGAGCGUUAGGAUGGAGACGCACCGAGGGCUUGAUAGGAUGUCUGAGCCUCUGAACACUAGAGGCUGGACUCUCCAAGAAGCUGUGUUGGCAUCGAGAAUUGUCUGUUUUGGCAAGGAGCAGUGGCUCUGGAAAUGUCCCAGUCGCUACGCCACUGAGGAUGGACUCAUCGAUGGACCGCGAGAUAUUGAUGGUGGUUUGAUACAGUGGGCUGAUAUAGCCCAGCAAGGUCCUGGCGAAGAUGGAAAGAAUUAUCUGAGACAUUGGUAUCAGAUGGUGACCAACUACUCGAAUCGCGAUCUGACAUAUCAAAGCGACAAAUGGAAUGCCAUCGCUGGCCUUACAGACAUGUUUAUAAAGCAGACCGGCUAUACCUAUCUGGCAGGCCUAUGGGAAGAGGAUCUCGCAAAUGGACUCGUGUGGGAAGCGAAAAUCCGUGGGGUCACUCGUGAACCAGGGAGCAUCCCAUCGUGGUCCUGGAUGUCCGUAAAAGGCGGGAUCAAGGGUUAUGUACACACAACUCCGACAGUCUCUAUGAUCGAGCUCUUAGAGAGUGAUUUACAAUGGAAAGGAACUCCGCUUGCCUCCCCUCUUAAAGUCGCUCGCUUGACAGUCAAGGGAAAGGUAAUCCAGGCAACAUUGGGGGCGCGCUCUGUUACACAGGACUCUCGACAUCAUGUUCUUGCAGCUCCAGGAAGUGACGAAAUCUUUGGCGAGGCUUUUUUGGAUAGCAGAAUUCCUGAUGGGGUUGAGAUGCCGACUGUCUCGUGCCUUUUUGUAAUGGAAGUGCCUGAACAGAAGGAAUAUUUUACGUUACUUCUUACACCGGCAUCAGACGGCGAAGUAGACGGCCAAGAUAAGGGUAUGACAAGACUUGGGAUUGGAGUUUUCUGGACUAGGUCCAGAUUUUACAGUAACAGGACUGAAGGUGACGUGACCUUGGAAAAUGCUUCUGAAGUUACAGUAGUGCUAGUGUAGAAAGCGGAAACCCAAUGGCGGUCUUAUUCCGUUUCAGAAUAGAGAGUACGUAUCUAAUCAGGCUCCGAGUUUGGGAAUACAAUGAAAUGUUGCACUUGC